GCAUGGGUGACCGGUGACUCAACGAGCGCCGAGACGAAGUACACUUCGGACUUGGCUCUGGGCGCGAAGAGAUCUAGUAGCCCCGACUACUCAACGGCAAUCUGGAAUUUACAGUCAUGGUAAAACGACGAUGUGCCAAUGCAGCUGAAGCUGAGUUAUCUUGUACUGGAAAACCUGAUGCAAUUCAGGCCACUGCAAAGCAAGAAACAAAGCGUCAACGAAAAGCUCAGCACAUGCGCGAGUAUCGUGCUAUUCGGAAGUUCUCCGGUGUCGUUCGUCCAGAUAUUGUUUCUAUCGAUGGAGGUGACGAUAUGGCCGGUAUUCAAUAACAACGACGACAAGAUUACAUGCGUGGCUACACAGCUGCCCAGAAGAUGUCGGCAUCUUUGGAAUAUCAAGCCGGUUCGGAUAGAGAAGGAAGCCUACCUGCUACGGUUGCCGACAAGGAAGAAGAUGUGGACUCAAUGCUUGGAUACAGAGCCGCACUUUAGAAUAAGAGAAGGCCUUCUACUUCUCUCGAAUCUGACGUGGCCUACGAAGAAAAUGAAGACAUUGAUUACUUGAUGUACCAGCGCUCAAAUCCCCGGAAUGCUGAUCGCACGAAAAGUAAUAGAGCUGAUCAAAAGAAGAAAACAAAGGUGGCGGAAACUGACACCGAAAAAAAGGAGAG